AUGGCAGCCCCGAAGAAGAUCCUGUUCCUCUGCUCGAGCGACUACGGCCAAGCCAACGUGAUCUUGGCGACGGCGUACGCAAUCCUCGCGACAGGGGCGCCCGUCCAGCUUCACAUCGGCUCGGAGAAGCGCAUGGAGUCCGAGGUGCAGAACGCAAUACGCCUGGCGGACAAGACGCUCCCGGCGACGGCGCCGCACAAGAUCCACUUCCAUGCCUUCGAGGGCAUCUCACAGUUCCAGGCCAUGAUGCGGCCCGAGGCAGGCAUCGCGCAGGCGUGGGAGCUGCCACUGCCCAACUUCGCCAACGCCGCGAAGUUUAUGCGACAGUUUUCAUAUGGCGCAAUGCCAUGGGAGCCGGCUGAGGUCGCCGACAUCUACUCGCAGAUAGUGGAGAUCAUCAAGUCAGUCGGACCGGACUUGACGGUCGUGGACCCGCUGCACGUGCCAGCCCUGACGGCGGCGUUCAACCUGGGGCUGAAGUGGACCGUCCUCGCACCCAACACGAUCAAGGACUUUGCGGUGCCGCUGCAGCCGUACGCCGCGGCGUUGUGGAAGUACCCCGUGAUCGGCUCAGCCCUGCCGUACCCGGUGCCGUGGCACCAGGUGCCCAUGAACGCGGGCCUGUUGAUGGUGCUGGCGUUUACGAUGCUUACGGACACGCGAAUGAAAGAGGCGGUACGGCUGCUGCGCGAGCAGACGGGCAAGGACGAUCUGGAGCUGCUGACGCUCGCGGAGCUGGGCGUCGUCAAGGCGCCGCCGCCCGGGGUGCGCCUGCUCUGCGCCAUGAGCGAGGACCUCGACUACCCCUUCUCCGUGCUGCCGGCCCACGUCACGCCGUGUGGGCCCAUCGUGCGGCCGUCGAGGAGGCUGGCUGAGGUCGACCCUGCGCUCGAGAGGUGGCUUGCUAAGGGCCCGACGGUUUAUGUCAACUUGGGCACACAGUUCGCGGUCAAGCCGGGUGAGGCACUGGAGUUUGCGCUUGCGCUGCGGGACCUGCUCGACGCUGCGGAAGAGCACGCGCCUGAGAAGGGCAAGCUGCAGGUCCUGUGGAAGUUGAAGCGGAAGGAUGCCAGCGACCAGUCCUCGUGGGACGGCGACUGGAAGGCUGUCUACGAGACACUAAGCCCGGAGAUAUCGACAGAUCGGGUGCGCAUCACGCCUUGGGUCGAGGCAGACCCGUGCGCGGUGCUCCAGUCCGGCCAUAUCGCGUGCUCGGUGCACCACGGCGGGGCCAACUCGCACCACGAGGCCAUCGCCGCAGGGGUGCCGCAGGUGCUGGUUCCGGGCUGGAUCGACUGCUACGACUUUGGAAACCGGGUCGAGCUGAACGGGGUCGGGGUGUGGGCCAACAAGGGCGCCGCGCCGCGGUGGGAGAGGGUCGAGCUCGGCAGUGCGCUGAAGAGGGUGCUGGUGAGCGAGCGGGAGGCGUUCCGUGAGAAGGCGCGUAUAGUUGGAGCGAAGCAUCCUGAGAAUGCUGGGAGGGAGAAGGCAGCAGGGAUCAUUCUGGACAUCUUGGGAAAAUAG